AUGGAAAAUAGUUAAGAAAUUGACUCUUGUACUAUAAUAGAGGAUUUUGAACAGAAAAAGCUCUUAAAUGACUCAAUAGUCCAUGAAAAUUAUGACACUGAAUCUGAGUUAGAUUCAGAGAAUAAAUCUAAAGUAAUUGAUGUUGACAAGGCCUUUGAAAAGGUAGGAGGAUUCGGUAGAUACUAACUUUACUCACUGAUAUUUGGAGUGUGUUUGAUUUCGAAUAAUUGCUUCUUACUCUACAACAUUUCAUAUUUUGAAUAAUAUCCCAACUUUAAAUGCUUCAAUAAUGAGACAUAAGCUUGGAAUGCUUGCACCAGAUAAGAAGCAUGCUCCUUAGCUAAGAAAGACUGGCAACCAGAUUACUCAAGUUAAAAUAGCAUUCAUAACUGGGUAGAGUAACUUGAACUAUAUUGUAACUCUGAAUCAUAAAUUGGAUUCUUGGGUUCUCUCUUUUUCGCUGGUUUAUUAACGAGUAUGUUCCUUGUGAUUCCAUUCAGUGAUAAGUAUGGCAGAAAGCCACUUCUAUACUUAAAUGCUUUCGCGGGCACAAUAAUUUAAGGUGCAUUUUUAAUCGCUAAUGAACUCUCCACAUUUUAUUUUCUAAUGUUUCUGAUGGGAAUAGUGGGAGCCAUUAACCCAUGUGUGGGAUAUGUUUACAUAAUGGAGAUAGUCAUGAAAAAGCAUUAAACAAUCUCUGUUACAAUUGCUUAAGUGGGAGAAGGAUUAGCUGCUAUUUGUGGGCCUUUAUAUUUUAUGUAUAUUGGUAAUAGAUGGGAGCCUAUGAUUUAUAUUGGAACAAUUAUAAGUCUUAUUUCAUCUGUGAUGGUAUUAUGGAUAAAAGAAUCUCCAAGAUACUUAGCAUCUAAGGGCUAAUUCUUAGAUGCCAAAGCAAUUAUACUUGAAAUAGCUGAUUUCAACAAAAUUUCCAUCUAAAGUAACGAUAAUUUUGAGAUUGAAGAACCAACCUCAGCCAUAUCAUCUGAUAAAAAUAUUGAAUUGAUUCUCAAAAGUUACAUCGGAUAUCCCUCUUUUGUGAAAAAUAUGAUAAUUAUGGCUAUUCUUUGGACCACUGUUUCUUUCAACUUUUUCCUUAUGAAUUUCUACCUUUCCAAUAUUGAAGGAGAUAUAAACAUGAAUAAUCUGCUAUAAUCACUCGGAAUGAUACUCUCUUAUGGUGUAUCAGCUCCAAUAAUAAACAGAAUGGGAGUUAAGCCAUCAUUUGUUAUAUUUUUCUUACUCUGCUGUCUUUCAUCUAUUUUAUAUAUUACAGUACCAGUUAAAUCAGCUGUAUUUGUUUCAAUUUUGGUAUUUAUUGGGAGACUUGGUAUAUGCCCGGCCUAUACUCUUACCUUUAUCUGUUCAAACAUGCUAUUUCCAGCUGAGAUUAAAUCAACUCUUAUAUCAAUUUGCAACAUUUUUGCCAGAGCAAUAACUAUGGGGGCCCCAUUAAAUUGA